AUGGGACACAAUAAAACAUCAUGCAAGAAUCCUAGAGUGGUUCCUGAACCUCAACCUAAAAAAAUGGAUAGGCCUAGGUUGGAACCUAAUUUGCUUAAUUGGUUAGGAACUAAAAGAGGAUCUAGAGCUGGUGGAAGGGCUGGUGGAGGAAGAAGUAGAGGUGGUGGUAGGGGAUCUAGUGGAAGAGGAAAUAGAGGUGGUUGUAGGGGAUCUGGUGAAGGAGUCCAAACAGAAUAUGGGGAGGGUACUUCUGAGUUUUCUAAAUGUGAGCCUCAACAUGUAGUCAUUCCAAAUGUUGUGAGUGAAAAAGAUGAAAGUCCAGAUUUUCACAUGGACAUAAGCAUAACAAUUGACAAACUAAGGAAAUAUUACUACACUAGAGAAGAGAUCAUGGACUGUCUUGGACUCAGUAAAGCAGAAUUACAGCAAAUUGAAGUUGAAGAACUCCCUAUAACUCAAGUACUUGGAGAUGAGGAAAUGAUGAAUGAGGAGGAUGGCAUAGAUGAGCUGGGGAUGGGUGAGGUAAUGGUAAAUGAUGAACUGAUGGAUGGUGAGAGAGAAAUACCUAUCACACAAAAAUUGAAUCAAGUCAGAAGGAGGCCCAUAAAGAGGAGCAAAGUAAAUCAAGUUAGAAGGAGGAAGCCUUCAGAAAGGAUAACAGAGAUCAAGUUGCAAAAGGUGGUAGCUGUCAAGAAUGGAAAGGGGAUGAGUUCAUCCAACCCCCUUAGUAUAGAAUAG